GGAAAUGUUGCUUGAUUUUGGGGAAAUUUUCUUAAGUGCCAGUGCUGAUAGUGGGAAUGCCUGAGACAAAGUGAACAAAGUGCAGCGGGGACGAAGUGCAGGAUUAUGUUGGCUGCAACGAUCACAACAGCACUGAUCUAUUUUAUGGUGCAAAGCGCUGGAGCCUUGGCACUGGGCACAGCAUGUUGGGAUGAGCGCCUGUCACGAGCAGGGAGGAACAGCAGCUGUCUGGCUUCGCAGCCCUUCCUGAUAUUCGGCCAUGGUAGAUCCAUUCAUCGGAUGGGACUCGAUGGCAAGCACCACAGAAGGCUUGUGGUCGGUGUGGGAAGCUCGAUCCUGCUCGACUUUCAUUUCAAAGAGGGGAGAGUUUACUGGGCCGACAAACAGACUGGGGUCAUCUACAAAGCAUCCGUGAAAGAAGGACACAGACAGAAACUUCACUCGUUUGACAAACACAUCUCAGGCCUCGCAGUGGAUUGGAUUUGGAAUAAUGUAUAUUGGACAAGUCGAGAAAAAGGGGAAAUAAAAAGAAUCGAUAUAAAUGGGAAAAAUGAGAGGACUCUUUCAAGACACUUGACCGAGCCAAGUUCUAUAAACGUUGAUCCCACUGACAGGUUUUUGUUUUGGCUGUCUGGUGGAAUGACUCCAAGUAUCCAACGGUCUGAUGUGACAGGACAGAUGAAAAUUACACUAAUUAAGAUAACGGAACAACUGCAAGCGCUGUCGAUUGACCGAGAGGACAAAAGACUGUUCUGGGUUCAGUUCGGUCUGCAAGGAGAAAGCGCCAUUGGCUCUUGCAAUUACAAUGGGAAUGUUCUUCACAUCAUGGAUCAGCCACUUCGUUCUCAGUCACUUGGAAUAUCAGUUUUUCUGGAGCACCUAUACUACACCGAUGCUGCAUCUCGGGUUAUUAAGACAGUAAACAAGUACACUGGUGGAGAGCCACUGGAUGUUAACAUCAAACAAAUGUCAAAACCUCCUGUUGAUAUCAAGGUGGUACAUCCUCUCAACCAGCCAAUGGCAGACUCCUCAUCGCCAUUUCCAGGUUGUGAUGAACAAAGUGGCAACUGUGUAAACGUGUGCUCCAGUCUAGCGGAGCAAGGGGUCUGCCAGUGCAGUGAAGGUUUUGCUCUCAGUAAGCAAGGCACUUAUUGCGAAGAUGUGAACGAAUGCGCCCAUUGGAACCAUGGCUGCUCUCUUGGUUGUGAAAACAUCCCAGGCUCCUAUUUCUGUACCUGCCCUACAGGAUAUGCCCUCCUAUCGGACAGGAAGACAUGCCGAGAGAUCAUACCAUGUGAAGGCAAUAUGACAAAGUGUGGCCAUGGAUGCCUGGCAACAGAAAAUGGUACCGUCUGUGUUUGCCCCGAGGGAUCUAUACUGCAGGAGGAUGGACAGGCUUGCACUGGCUGCUCAUCUACAGACAGAGGGGGUUGCAGUCAGCUCUGCACUCCUGUCACUCCUAGUAGGUGGCAAUGUGACUGUCUGCCUGGCUACCAGCUCCACCAAGAUGGCAAACGCUGCAUUGCAUCCGGACCUCCACCCUAUCUGCUAGUUGCCAAUCUAGUAGACGUACGAAGAAUUAACCCUGAUGGCACCGGGGAUCAAACGUUGGUGGAGGAGCCCAGAGGGACAAUCUUAGCUUUGGACUAUGAUCCCGUUCAGAACAGUGUGUACUUUGCUAGUACAAGCCAGAAGAGAAUUGAGCGAGUUGAUCUGAACAACAGUCUAAGAGAGGUUCUUGUCUCGGAUGGUUUGGACUCCCCAGAAGGACUGGCAGUAGACUGGGUCCACCGCAAGAUGUACUGGACAGAUAAAAGCCGGUCAACUGUUGACCGCAGCGCAUUAGACGGACUGCACAAAGAAACUAUUGUGAGCAAAAGGCUAGAAAAACCGAGAGGAAUUGCAGUUCAUCCUCUGGCAAAGAAGUUAUUCUGGACUGACAUAGGCUCUCGGCCUGUGGUGGAGUGUGCCUCUUUGGAAGGAAGUGAGCGCGCUGUCAUUGCGAGCACCAACCUUGUGUCACCCACUGGCCUGACCAUCGAUUUCACAGAGGAUCGUCUGUUCUGGUGCGACCACAGGAGGGGCCUGGUAGAGACUGCUGCCCUGGAUGGUUCAGAUCGACGGGUCCUGUUAGAGAACCAAGUAGGUCGACCUUUUGACCUCGCAGUGUUUGAAGACAGGCUCUGGAUCUCUGAUCAGGAGCACCAGCAGCUGAGGAGUGUACACAAGCGGACUGGGAAAAAACUGCAACGGAUCCAUGGCAGCAUGGUCCAACCGGCAUCCAUCGUGGUGGCUCAUCCCCUUGCUAAACCAGGUGCAAAUGUCUGUCUUCAUCUGAACGGAGGCUGCGCUCAGGUGUGUGAAAGCAAACUGGGAUUCGCACACUGCUCCUGUCUGCCAAACUACAUCCUAUCACCUGAUGGAAGAAGCUGCUUACCUGCCAACACUUCAAAUGGACCAACAGGCACACCACGAACAACAACACCUGGGCUGUCAUCUGAUGAGGCAGAUUUCCACUCUGAUGCAGGCACUGGGCCAACUCUCUUCACGGAUAAGAUGAUUUCAGACCAGAAUGAGUGCUACUCGCUCCGCUGUGAUGUGAAUGCACAGUGCCUGCUAAAUGCCGGCAGCCCCAACUGUUUAUGUCUGGAAGGUUUCACAGGUGAUGGACAGUUAUGUGCAGAUGUCGAUGAGUGCAAACUGGGAAUGCACAACUGUGACAAAAACGCAGAAUGCCAAAACACUGCGGGGACGUUUCUCUGCAAGUGUCAGGCUGGAUACUACGGAAAUGGGCAGACAUGUCAAGAGUUGGAGACCACAUCACCAUGGGUAACGCCUUUGACCCCUGUCGAUGUUACCACCCGACACCACAACAGCAACAAAGCCCAGAGUUGUCCCUCCUCCCAUGAGACAUACUGUUUGUACCAGGGUGUAUGCUUCUACUUUCCGGAAAUGAGGUCCUAUGCUUGCAAUUGUGUAUCAGGCUACAUGGGGGAGCGCUGUCAGUUCAGUGACCUGGAAUGGUUGGAGCUUCAGCGGGCGGAAAAGGAGAAGAGGAGGAACGUAGUCAUUGCGGCCUGCAUGGUGGUCCUCGUUUCCCUGCUCUCCAUCACUGCCUGUGUCACCUACUGCUAUGGAACUAGAAGAAUCCUCCACAAACAGCCCUCGGUGGAUAAUGUGAGUGAGACCAGCGUGACAGAUGAGAGCACGUCAGAGACCAUCACUACCAGUGUUCCUCGGUUCUACAUGGUGGUGGAGAAUGGUGUGGAAGGGAAGGUCAUCCCUGCCAUGGGCUGUCCCAGGAGAGCUGUGUGUCCAUCCUGCUCUUCAGAAACAGGCACCGGCCCUGUGUCUGAAGACUCAGAGAUGCUGUCCAAACACAACAGAGGGUACGAAUGCUCCAUGGUGUCCGCUGUUGCCAUGGAGACCACACAACCCACUGCCCAUCACUCAAGUCCAUCACUGUCAAGAUCAUACACUAGUUCGUCUUUCAAAGCAACAUCGCGUCCCCAGACUCCAAGCCCAGAGGCGACUUCUUCCUAACUCAAUGGAAACACCAACGCAGCCCUUUAGUUUACUGUACACUACUGCAACAUCCAACAAUAUUUUGUCAGGUAUUUGGUAGAAGAAACAGACAGUAUAGUUAACAUGCAAACUUUAGUGCAUUGUAAGAAUAGAAAACUGCGAUCUCUCUCCUAAAACAUCAAUUCAAAUUACAAUUUCCCAAUAUGCGCUGAGUAUGAUGGAGCUAUAUUUUGAAUUUUAUACCAUCUUACAAAAUGCAGGAUUUUGAGAGGAACUCUUUUUAUAUUAUUUACUUGGGGUCUGACAGUACACAUGAAUGACUUCAUGUUUCUGUCUUGUAGUCACUGCUUGGCAUGUUCGUGGUACAGAGGAGAAACAACUGAGUUAAAUCAAAAACAGUCAAACCACUCAAAUACUGCACACAGACUCUGUGUUUACUCUAAAGCAUGAACUAAAUAGAACAGAAAAUGUCCAUGAAGGCAAACGCAACAUAUUCAUCAACAUCUUAAAUUAACUUUUAAAGCCUGCAGUGCAGUUUUAACUUCAAAACCACACAAGUCAGUCAACAGUGAGGCCGUCUUAUUUAAAUAGAAGGAGACUGUGUUCACCUCCACAUGGUGGCUGGUCGACUGUCACAAACAGUGUGAGCAGAGAAUUCACAGGUUCUGAUCAUGCAUCAAAUUAAAAUGUCUCGGGAGAGAUUCAUAUUGUACAUGUUUAACAAAAUUCAUACAGCGUUUGCCUAAUUUUCAAGGCUAAUCCUGUCAGCACAUUCCAGCUGAUAGACAACAAUCAGUGUGCUGUCAAAACGUGUUGGGUGGAAAACCUUUAGGAGUUCAUGGAUAAAACAUCGACUUUUAUGACUGUAGUGUACCAAAAUAAGAAAGUCUCAUCCUACACUAAAAGUCACAUAUUGUAUGGUCUGAGAUAAACUGGUGCUAAUUACUGAACAGCAGCUGACAACAAAAUGUUUAAAAAACACACACAUGUACAGCCUUUCCUACAAACUUAUAGAACAGAUGUAUAUUAUCACAUGCUAUAUUAUCAAAGCUCACUUAUGCUCAAAUGCACAUAUACUCAAGGUGAACAGAGAAGAAGCACCAUUUUCACUGCUUGCUUUUGAAGAGAACCUGAAGAAUCACCAGUGCUUGCCACUACGUUGCUAUUGGCCCUCCUAGAACAAGUUUGCCUAGAACUUACAUUUCUGUUGUUGCCAUGCUCUAGCCACUGAAAUCUACUUUGCUCAGGAUGUGGUUAUUAACUAAGAAAAGUUGGACACCACUGGCGAUUUUCUGGGAUGUUUUAAUGUAUUUAACUGUGCAUCAAAUGUAUCUGAUCAGUGCUUCUAAAAGACGACGUCCUCGAACAUGUUCUUCAACUGAAAGAAAUUCUGUUUACUAUCAUAAAGGAGAAAAUAUUCAAAUUUAAUAAAUAAUUAUCAAGUUAAUUGAC